AGUGCAGCGCAGAGUACACACAGACAGACAGUUAACACAGGUCAGGGCACCUUGCGCGCACGACUGCUGUAUGUACGCGUAAUGGCGCGUUUGUGCCCUCUCACUUUAUCUUCAAGCGUCUCCCAGAAACGCAGUUAAAGGAUUUGUUUGGACUGCGCGUCAGAGGGUCGCACAACAACAUCAGAACACCUGAGAUCUGAUGCUACCUGCCAUCACCAUGGAAACAGAGGCCAGUCACAUGCUCGAGGCGGCACUGGAGCAGAUGGACGACAUCAUUGCAGGUUCAAAAGCAGCAGCGAUGGAGUUCUCUAACAGCAUGUAUGACCUGGGUUCCCCCAUCAGUGCUGGACCGCUGCAGGUCCUUCAGUUAGCUGAGGACCUCAAACUUUCCUUGGAGCUUCGACCCAGCCAGGAGGAGCGAAACAGCCUCCGAGCACAGCUGCCUGCAGAGACCGCACAGGCUCUUGUAGACUGGCUGCAGAGUGGAGCUGUGAACCUCUGUUCUCCAGCCAACAAUGAAACUUACCAAGAACGACUGCUUCGCCUAGAGGGAGACAAGGAGUCUCUGGUGCUACAGGUGAGCGUUCUGACCGACCAGGUGGAGGCCCAGGGAGAGAAGAUCAGAGACCUAGAAAGUUCUUUGGAGGAACACCGCCAGAAACUGGCCUCCACUGAAGAAAUGCUCCAACAGGAGCUGAUGAGCAGGACCUCGCUAGAAACUCAGAAGCUGGAUCUGAUGGAUGAGGUGUCCUUUCUCAAACUGAAGCUGGUCAGCAUGGAGGAGACGCAAACCAACUCACACCCGCAGGAUUCGACAGACACAAAGCAGAACAAAGCUGAGUGUGUGGUAAAUCUCAUCAGUGAGCUCCAGGAGCAGAUGUGCAGGUUUCAGGAGGAGAUCAGCACUCGCAUUCAGGAGAAACGGGCCCUGGAGGAGAAGGAGGCCCAGCAGGGGGAGCCAAGAGACGGCCAAGCCCAGGGCUACAGCCCUCAAGUUGGGUUGGUCGGCUUGGACCUGAGCCUGUCUGGCUCUGAUGCCCGGCAGCACAAUGGAGGAAAGACUGUUCACGAUUUGCAACAAGAAGUUAAGCAGCUGAAGAGCAAAGUGGAUGAGUUGGAGGGAGAGAAGAGCCAGUAUGAGAGGAAAUUAAGAGCCACCAAGGCAGAAAUCUCAGAGCUGCAGCAGCUCCUGGCCUCCAAAGAUGCUGAGAUCGUGUGCCUACAGACCCAGCUGCUGGCCAGAGGCGGCAGCGCCAAUGACAACGCAGAGAGAGACCAGGAAUACCAGAGGUUAAAGGUGGGGAUGGAGUCUUUGUUGGCUUCAAAUGACGAGAAGGAUCGGCGUAUAGAGGAGCUUACCAUUCUGCUCAGCCAAUACAGAAAGAUGAGGGAGGUCAUGGCACUCACGCAGGGAAGCAGUGAAGAGGAGCUGAGCGGCAGUUUAAAGCUCAAAGCCAUCACUCACAAAGCACACUCUGACAUCCUCAGAUCAGAGCUAUCAUCAAGAGGAUCGUCACCGCUUAUGUUGUCCUCAUCGCCGUAUCAGAGGGAUUUGGAUUUCAGUUUCCAGAACUCUGUGGAGACAUCGCUGGUGUCCGCUGCUGACCCAAGUUUGUUUAAUGGGUCUUGGCAUCGACGCCGGUUGAUGUCCAGCAGUCUUGAAGAGUUGCAGAGUGGAUCUUUACAAAAGGCUGUAGAGAUCCAGCCACUUGAAAGUGAAUCAGAUGUAGGGGCCGAGAAUCCCCACAUGGAGCUGAACAAGUACCAAACUCUGCCGGGGAAACUGAGUAAAAAGAACGAGCCGCGGGCCGAGCUGAACGGCGACGGAGACGGAGAGUAUUUAUCUCCCGUCCAGCUCUCGCCUGUCCACAGCCACAGCCAGGACUACAGUCUGAUUCGCUGCAGGAGUGCCAGUGCUCCGGUUUUAGGAUCUCCUGGAAAACAUGACCUCUAUGAUGUUGAGCAUUCAGAGAAGCUGGAGGAGUGCUUUCCAUCAGACCAGUCCCCGCUGUCCUCUGGAGUGGACUCUGGACAGCAGUCUCCUGUCUCACCAGAGAACAGGAAGGGUCACAGAGGAAUUAGGAAACUCUGGGGGAAGAUCCGUCGCAGUCAGUCGGGUAGUCCUGUCCAAGUUCAUGACCCAGAGCUAGGAGACUUCAAGAGGGGAGGAUUCAGAGCUACAGCUGGACCUCGAUUGGCCCGUCCAGGGAAAACACAAGAUCUGAAGACGCCAUUUUCUAAGUGGAACACAGAGCAGGUGUGUGACUGGAUUGAAGACAUUGGACUAGGUCAGUACAGCAUCCUCGCUCGCCAGUGGGUCACCAGCGGUCAGACUCUGCUAUCAGCCACGCCACAAGACCUAGAGAAGGAGAUGGCCAUGAAGAAUCCACUCCACAGGAAGAAGCUUCAGUUGUCCAUCAAAGCGAUCAGUAGCAAACAGCCUGAAAAAUCUGCAGAGCUCGAUUACCUCUGGGUUACCCGUUGGCUUGAUGAUAUUGGCCUUCCUCAGUACAAAGACCAGUUUAAUGAAGGAAGAGUGGAUGGGCAGAUGCUGCAGUAUCUCACUGUGAACGACUUAUUAUUCCUUAAAGUGACCAGCCAGCUGCACCACCUCAGCAUCAAGUGUGCCAUUCAUGUUCUCCAUGUCAACAAAUUCAAUCCCAACUGCCUCAAACGCAGGCCCGGCAAUGAGAGCCAGUUCACUCCCAGUGAGGUUGUCCAGUGGUCUAACCACCGAGUCAUGGAGUGGUUGAGAUCUGUGGACCUUGCAGAGUAUGCCCCAAACCUGAGGGGCAGCGGCGUGCAUGGAGGGCUGAUAAUGCUGGAGCCUCGGUUUAACUCUGAUAGCAUGGCCAUGCUGCUGAACAUCCCUCCUCAGAAAACUCUGCUGAGGCGCCACUUAACCACCAACUUCAACAACCUAGUAGGAGCACAGGCUCAGCAGGAGAAGAGGGAGUACACUGAGGCGACAGGAUACUCCCCACUCAGCAUCACCGCUAAAGUCAAGCCGAAGAAGUUGGGCUUCUCUAACUUGACUCACCUCAGGAGGAGACGGCCGGAUGAAUCUACAGACUAUGUCUGCCCCAUCGAGUCCUCCUCGCCUCAGUCGGGACAGUCUGCAGUGAACGGGGUGCAGAUGCGGCCCUACACUGGCUUCAGAGGCCUGAGCCCCAUCCUAGACCGAGAGCCUGACCGCUCCAGGGACCAGAUGGAGACCACAGAGGGUACCAUUUUGCAAAUAGAAGCUCUUUCUGAAAGCAUCAACAACCUCACAUAUCUGCUCAGCCGAGAUGAGCUGCGGAAGGAGAUGAGGCGUUCACAGACGGCGCUAGUUUGAAGGACGAUGACCCUAAGCUGUAGGCUGUCAAUCAACCACAAAGACCUGUAGCGACCUGUCUCACAGCUGAAUUGUACCUCAGCCCUCAAGCUAACACUGCAGCGUGGAGCUCCUUGUAUUUACUUCUACUAGCCCCUGAUACCUCAAGUUAACUCCUGCACAGAGGACUGGGAAACACAAACGGACCUACACAUUUUGACAACAAUCAAAGGUCUUAUUUUUAUUUUCUAGAGUGCUGAAUUGAACAGUUAUUUAUACACUUUUUUUGUUACUGCUUUCCUUCCCUAUGCAAUGUAGCUUUUAAUGAGCAUACUGACCACUGUGUACUGUAAAUACUGUGCUGGUAUUUCAUUGGGGAGGACUGUGCAAAGCAGUGAACAUGCAGUUUAGAAUGGACAAACUGGACAUUCCAUCAAAAAUGGUGUUGAAGCCAUUUUUAAGAGCAGAGCAGCCAAAGAAGAAGGAGCUGGUUCCUCGACAUUGUCAUUCUAUUGUUCUGCAGAGAAAGAUGCUACAUAUCACAUGUUGAAAUAAAGAAGUUACAAGAAC